UAGAGUGGUAGUGUAGCUUAAUGGUAAGUCCGGGCACAUUUCUUAGUCCCUUAGGACCUCACUUUCUGACGCACGCACGAGGAGUGCUUGAUCCAUGCCUCAUUAUAGAGAAAGAUGGGCUAGCCGUGGGCUACGCGAUAAAGAUGGCAACAUUCGUAUGUAAAAAGAUAGCUUAGUAUUGUUUUGAGAGUGUUAGGAAGGAAAACGGUCUGUGCUCGAGAAAGCCAAAGUCAAGGAAAUCAGUCUUUUCCCUUUAAAAUGUCUCUCCCUUUCAAUGAUGGGGUUUUACUUUGUUGACCCUGUUGGCCUGAAACUCCUGAGCUAUCUUCCUGCCUCAGACUUGAAGAUGCAGGACAAACUCUCUUUUAAUAGUGCUCAUAUUAUAUUUUUGGAAGGGAAAAAAGGCCUUGUCCUAAAUAAGCCAUAAUGGCUGUUAGAGCCCUUCAUGACCUUUCAGCGGACUGAGCUAUGUAUGCUUCAGAGUUUUGACCACAUUGUUUCAGAUUUUUUUUUUUUUUCCUCAACCUGGCGUUAUGUUUGGAAAGAAUGACCUCGGUCCUUGGCAAGAUCUUAUUGUAUCUAGUUGGGAAAGUUCUUUCAGGUGUAUUUCUAUAAUCGGCCUUUGUGCUUAGCAUCUUUACCUGUAAGUAGAAUGUUGGGAUAUGCUCUUGGCACAGGAGGUACUUCACUUGGUCUUUCCUAAGACUAGUCUCUCUUGAAAUAACCUUUCUGUUUGUUCUUGCUGUGGGGGAACUGGAAACAAUGUUAUCAGAUUUUAAAGCUCUAGCUGCUCUCUGGAAGUGUGCUCCAAAGCCUGUUAGCCUCUAGUUUUGGGUUUUGUUACUUACCUGGACUUUUAACUUCUUUGCUGUUUUAUUCUUGUGGAAGAGAUGGUGGGCUGUCAGGAAACAGGUAUGUUUUUGGACCUUCUUUUAAUUCUCACCUUUUGUAUUUGGUGUCAGGGAAGAAAACUUUACAAACCCUCUUUGUUACUGCAGACAGAGGCAGAAUACAGAGAAAGCUCUGGCUUCUGUUUCUCUUCAGCAACGAGUAGCAGAAUUGGAAAAAAUUAAUGCAGAAUUUUUACGUGCACAGCAGCAGCUUGAGCAAGAAUUUAAUCAAAAGAGAGCAAAAUUUAAGGAGUUAUAUUUGGCUAAAGAGGAGGAUCUGAAGAGGCAAAAUGCAGUAUUGCAAGCUGCACAGGAUGAUUUGGGUCAUCUUCGGACACAGCUGUGGGAGGCUCAGGCAGAGAUGGAGAAUAUUAAGGCAAUUGCCACAGUCUCUGAGAAUACUAAGCAAGAAGCUAUAGAUGAAGUUAAAAGGCAGUGGAGAGAAGAAGUUGCUUCACUUCAGGCUGUAAUGAAAGAGACAGUUCGUGACUAUGAGCAUCAGUUUCAUCUGAGGCUGGAGCAGGAGCGAGCACAGUGGGCACAGUAUCGAGAAUCUGCAGAGCGGGAAAUAGCUGAUUUAAGAAGAAGGUUGUCUGAAGGUCAAGAGGAAGAAAAUUUAGAAAAUGAAAUGAAAAAGGCCCAAGAAGAUGCUGAAAAGCUUCGAUCUGUCGUGAUGCCCAUGGAGAAGGAAAUUGCAGCUUUGAAAGAUAAAUUGACAGAAGCUGAAGAGAAGAUUAAAGAGCUGGAGGCCUCAAAGGUUAAGGAACUGAAUCAUUAUCUGGAAGCUGAGAAGUCCUGUAGGACUGAUCUGGAGAUGUAUGUAGCUGUUUUGAAUACUCAGAAAUCUGUUCUACAGGAAGAUGCCGAGAAAUUGAGGAAAGAAUUGCAUGAAGUUUGCCAUCUCUUGGAGCAAGAACGACAACAACACAACCAGUUAAAACAUACAUGGCAGAAGGCCAAUGACCAGUUUCUGGAAUCUCAGCGUUUACUGAUGAGAGACAUGCAGCGAAUGGAGAUUGUGUUAACUUCUGAACAACUCCGACAAGUUGAAGAACUGAAGAAGAAAGAUCAGGAGGAGGACGAACAACAAAGGCUUAGUAAGAGGAAAGAUUACAAAAAAACAGAUACUGAAGAAGAAGUAAAAAUACCAGUAGUGUGUGCUUUAACUCAAGACGAAUCUUCAACACCAUUAUCAAAUGAAGAGGAGCAUUUAGAUAGCACCCAUGGGUCAGUCCAUUCCUUAGAUGCAGACUUGCUGUUACCAUCUGGAGAUCCAUUCAGUAAAUCAGACAGUGACAUGUUUAAAGAUGGACUCCGGAGAGCACAGUCUACAGACAGCUUGGGAACCUCAAGCUCGUUGCAAUCAAAAGCAUUAGGCUAUAACUACAAAGCAAAGUCUGCUGGAAACUUGGAUGAAUCGGAUUUUGGACCGCUGGUUGGAGCAGAUUCUGUGUCUGAGAACUUUGAUACUGUGUCCCUUGGGUCACUGCAGAUGCCAAGUGGCUUUAUGUUAACCAAAGAUCAAGAAAGAGCAAUUAAGGCAAUGACACCUGAACAGGAGGAGACUGCAUCCCUCCUCUCCAGCGUCACCCAGGGUAUGGAGACUGCAUAUGUAUCUCCCAGUGGUUACCGAUUAGUGAGUGAGACUGAAUGGAAUCUCCUGCAGAAAGAGGUACAUAAUGCUGGAAAUAAGCUUGGUAGACGUUGUGAUAUGUGUUCCAAUUAUGAAAAACAGUUACAAGGAAUUCAGAUUCAGGAAGCUGAAACAAGAGACCAGGUGAAAAAACUGCAGGUCAUGCUAAGGCAAGCUAAUGACCAGCUGGAGAAGACAAUGAAAGAGAAACAGGAGCUAGAGGACUUUAUCAAGCAGAACACCGAGGACUCAAGCCACCAGAUAUCUGCACUUGUCCUAAGAGCUCAAGCCUCUGAGGUCUUACUUGAAGAGUUACAACAGAGCUUUUCUCAAGCGAAGAGGGAUGUUCAGGAACAGAUGGCAGUGCUGAUGCAGUCACGUGAACAGGUUUCAGAAGAGCUGGUGAGGUUGCAGAAAGACAAUGACAGCCUCCAGGGAAAGCAUAGCUUGCAUGUGUCAUUACAGCUAGCAGAAGACUUCAUCCUCCCAGAUACUGUGGGGGUGCUCCGGGAACUGGUGUUAAAAUAUCGAGAGAACAUUGUUCAUGUGCGGACAGCAGCAGACCACAUGGAAGAGAAGCUGAAGGCUGAAAUACUUUUCCUAAAAGAGCAGAUUCAAGCAGAACAGUGUUUAAAAGAAAACCUUGAAGAGACUCUACAGCUGGAAAUAGAAAACUGCAAGGAGGAAAUAGCUUCCAUUUCUAGUCUAAAAGCUGAAUUAGAAAGAAUAAAAGUUGAAAAGGGACAGUUGGAAUCUACGUUAAGAGAGAAGUCACAACAACUUGAGAGUCUGCAAGAAAUAAAGGUUAAUUUAGAGGAACAGUUAAAGAAAGAAACUGCUGCAAAGGCUACUGUUGAACAGCUCAUGUUUGAAGAGAAGAACAAAGCUCAGAGGUUACAGACAGAAUUAGAUGUCAGUGAACAAGUACAGAGAGAUUUUGUAAAACUUUCUCAGACUCUUCAGGUGCAGUUAGAGAGGAUCCGGCAAGCAGACUCUUUGGAGAGAAUCAAGGCAAUUUUGAAUGAUACCAAAUUGACAGACAUUAACCAGCUCCCUGAGACAUGACACCCCGGUAGCAGGAUUCUAACCUGCAUUUUGGGUUUUUAACUCAUCUUUAGAAUAACAUUAAUUAUUAUUUAACUCUUAUUGGAAGAAGUCACAGCAAAAGGAAGACUGGAGAAAUGCAAAUCUGGAGGGAGAAGGCUGCUGUGCACAAGGACAGCCAACAGAUGUUUCAAAGGGAACACUAAUGGGACACCAGACUCGAUUCCAACAGGUGUGGGAUCAGAUUGGUGCCAGUAAAGUGCUGUUUCCUUGCCUGCUUUCUCUAACACGGAUUCUGGAACACAUUUCCUGACAUGAAAGCAACUUCCCCAUAGUGUUUGGAACUACGUUUUCUGUUCAUACAAACUGGGAGAGAGAAGUUUCUUUUUUAUGUUGUCUAGGGCUCAUCAGUAGCAGUGUUCGGAUAGCAGAGAGGUGUAGUGUGCUAUAUGAGUAUUUUAUAUUAAAAUAUGAAGUGUGAGAGCAGGCCAUUGGCUGUUGACUGUAUUUCCCUUGUUCAGUGCAUUUUUUUUUUCUUUUUACCAUUUUAUCUUCUAUUGGAGGACCUUAAAUGCUACUGAAAAAUGCCUGAGAACUACAGGACCGUGGCAAACAAAAAAGCAAUUCAACAAAAUUAGGAGAAUCUGGAUACUUGGCUAGGGCUAUCUUUAUAUUGGAAGUUGAAUUUAAAGGAAAAAAGCACAAGAAAUCUUGGAAGCACUUUUUCUGCACACCAGGACGAACUUCCUGGGCCCACAGGGACCAGGGCAAAGGAGAACUGGCACCAUCUACCCUUUCAAAGUGUUUUAGUUACUGGAUCAGUGGAAAAAAUAAUAUUAAUAAAACAAGCUAUCUCUGACAUCUAGUA